CGGCUCUGUUGCACGCGUCUCCCUGCUUCUCCUCCGGUCGUCUUCGCCCUCGCGGAUUACUGUUAGCCAAAAUCCAAAACAAGUUUCGGUUUGUGCGGUGCCCUCCUUGUGUAGUACUUCGAUUAGAUUUCGGAUUUUCCCAGCCAGCAGCAGCAGCUCGGUCAAAACAUUAUCUAUUCAAAGGUGUCACAGGAGUGCCAAAGGCCUGAGAUCGCAAAUAUUACAAAAAAAUAAAUUGAAACUUACACGAGAAUAAUUUUAGUUUGAGGAGAGUCAACAUCAAUUGCAAAAUGAGAGUUCCCACCAUGUUGUCGGACUUAGAUCAGCUGCCCACGCUCCAGGUGGGCGACUACACGCUCCAGUUUGACCUGGGUGAACCGUCGGCCCAAGGCAAGGAGGUGGCCAUCAAGGAGCUACGGGAAACUCCCGAGCGGCAGAAGGAGGCAGCCAAGGAGUUGGCUCGGCUCUUAGAGGCCGAGACCGAUUUGCUGUAUCCCAAGGGAAACGAGGAGUGGCUGAUUCGAUACCUGCGUCCCUGCAAGUAUUAUCCAGAGAGCGCCCGCGACUUGAUCAAGCGCUACUACGCCUUCAAGGUGAAGCAUUCGGAUGUGUACAACAACCUCAAGCCGUCCGGAGAGUCCAACAUCUUCAAGCACAAUAUACUCACAGUCUUUCCCAAUAGAGAUCAGUGUGGGCGUCGUAUUUUGGUUUUGGAGCUUGGCAAGCGCUGGAAGCACAAGCAGGUCACCCUGGACGAGGUGUUCAAGGGUGCUGUGCUCUUUCUAGAGGCUGCUAUGCUGGAACCGGAGACACAGAUCUGCGGAGCCGUGGUGAUCUUCGAUAUGGACGGCCUUAGCUUGCAGCAAACCUGGCAAUUUACGCCUCCCUUCGCCAAGCGCAUAGUGGACUGGCUGCAGGACUCUGUACCCCUGAGAAUUAAGGCCAUUCACAUUGUGAACCAGCCAAAGCUCUUCAACGUGGUGUUUGCUCUAUUCAAGCCCUUCCUCAGGGAGAAGCUGCGCGCCAGGAUCAUCUUCCAUGGCACCGAUCGUGAGUCCCUGCACAAGUACAUGUCGCCCAAGUGCCUGCCCGCCGCCUAUGGCGGUAUCCUUGAGUCCAACCGAAUCGACAGUGAUCAAUGGUACCAGCUACUGCUCAAGUGCGAUGCCGAGUUUGAUGCCAUUAAUUCAUAUGGUUACAAGAAGAAGUGAUUCCGUAUUCGCUGUAAACAGUGUGUAGAUUCCGGCGGAAGCAAGUGAUAAUCAACUACCCAAUAGUUUUUUAUAACUCACCUUAUAGUUAAGCACUCGAUCUGUUAUACGCUUGUCCUGUUAGUGAAUAGCGCCUAAAGUUUGCCUUAGUCUUAAUCAGGGUCGAAGCCUCGAUCGAAUCCAGCAAAAGUGUUAUACCCACAUAUAUUAUAUUUAGUCCGGGGUAAGCGUAUUUAUAUCAUGUUACUAUUGUACUUUUUAAACCAAAUUUGUUGAAAUAUAAAACCUCACAUUUGUGCAAAAAAGCA